UAGGGUUUUCAAGAGAACCCCAUUGAGAAUCACAUUCAUCCAUCCUUUCCGAAGUCCUACCAAGCCUAUUGGAUAAGAGAUUAUGUUGUCGUUCCUUUGUAGUAGUUCUGGUGGUGCGUUGUUUUCUUCGAAACAGUCUUCUUUUGUAUACGAUAAAAAGAGUAAUCGAGGUCCUGGGUCCUGUUUUCAUCAACGCUUCGUGAGGAGAAACAAUGUUCUUGUCAUCUUUCCAGAAGCCAGUGACUCCGUCUCUUCACCACUUCCUUUAAGAGAUAGCAGUCAGAAACCAACUUCCGAUAAGAACAGUUCAAAGAUGUAUCCUACCAACAGUACAACAACAGCUUCGUCCAAGGAAAAUGUCAAGUCCAAUCAAACGCAUCGAUCUUUUGGAACUACUCAAACAGGAACCAAGUUUGUAUCUUCAGGGGGUGCUGUAAAUCCCUGUGUUAUUAAAGUUGUCGGAGUUGGUGGUGGUGGAAGUAAUGCUGUGAAUCGAAUGUGUGGAAUGGUUGAAGGAGUUGAAUUUUGGUGUAUCAACACUGACGCUCAGGCUCUUUCACGUGUGAAAACGAGCAACUCUGUAACAAUAGGGAGCGAAAUUACUAGGGGAUUGGGUGCUGGUGGGAAACCUGAAGUUGGUAGACAGGCAGCAGAAGAGUCUCAGGCUGCAAUAAGCUCAGCAGUUCAAGGUGGAGAUCUUGUGUUUGUUACAGCGGGCAUGGGAGGUGGAACAGGUUCAGGUGCAGCGCCUAUUGUUGCCAAAAUAGCCAAAGAACAAGGUUGUCUUACUGUUGGAGUUGUGACGAAACCUUUUAGCUUUGAGGGAAGAAGGAGAAUGCAACAGGCAGAGGAGGCAAUCGAGGCUUUAAGGAAAGAAGUGGAUACUUUGAUUGUAGUUUCCAAUGACAAGCUACUUGAAAUUGUCCCCGAGAAUACUGCCUUAGAAAAGGCUUUUUCUGUAGCAGAUGAUAUCUUAAGACAAGGAGUAGUUGGAAUCUCAGAAAUUAUCGUUCGUCCAGGUCUAAUUAAUGUUGACUUUGCCGAUGUUCGUUCUAUUAUGGCAGAUGCAGGUUCAGCUUUGAUGGGAAUUGGAAGCGGUUCAGGCAAAUCCCGUGCCAAAGAUGCCGCAGUUGCUGCCAUUUCUUCUCCAUUACUUGACUUUCCAAUUGAGCGUGCAAAAGGAAUUGUUUUUAACAUUACAGGCGGAAAUGAUAUGACGCUACACGAAAUAAACGCAGCCGCCGAAGUUAUUUACGAAGCAGUGGACUUGAAUGCAAACAUAAUAUUUGGUGCUUUGGUCGAUGAUAGUAUGGAAAAUGAAUUAUCCAUUACUGUCAUUGCUACUGGUUUUCCGCAGCCCUCUGAUAGUGCAUCAUCAUCUAUGACACAAAAAGCAUCUGCUGUUGACGUGACAUCUUUCAUUCAAGGAAGUGCGAGUCCUCGUUCAUCUACUUCAUCUUCUUCAUCAGUAGCCUCACAUGUAACUAAACCCAAGCGUGACAUUCCAGAUUUUUUACGAAGGUUUCAACAAGAAAAUAAAUGAUUUGAAUUGGGCUGGGAUGGUAUAGUUAAGUUUCUCUAUAUCACGAAACCCAAUCGAUUGCAGGGCAAAUAACCCACGAGAGAGAUGCAUGA